AUGGCCGCCAUUAGAGUAGCUUCUACUUCCUUUACUAUUCGUGCCUCGACUUCAUCUUCGUCUUCGUUUUCGUCUUCUUGCUACAAUUUCUGCCCCUCUGUUUUCACCAAGUUCGGAUUCGGUCUAUCCUAUGCGGCCACACCAUUGUCUUUUUCGAGAGGAAAGCGCAUGGCGCAUUCCAUUACUCGAGCAGCUCUUGGUCUCACCGAACCCAAAAAGAUCGAUCCACCAAAGAUCUCAUUUUCUGCAAAAGAGAUUGACUUGGUGGAAUGGAAAGGGGACAUACUUGCUGUGGGCGUCACCGAGAAGGACAUGGAGAAAGAUGAAAAUUUGGCAUUUAAGAAUGUAAUACUGCAGAAGCUGGAUUUGCAUUUGGGCGGAUUGUUAUCUGAAGCCUCGUCUGAGGAAGAUUUCACUGGGAAGGCGGGACAAUCAACAGUGCUCAGGCUUGCUGGUGUUGGUUUGAAAAGGGUUGGUUUAAUUGGUCUCGGAGCAGCAUCAGCAAGAACGGCUUACCGUAGUCUUGGUGAGUCCGUUGCUGCUGCAGCAAAGACUUCCCAGGCUAGUAGUGUCGGUAUCACACUUGCUUCUUCUGAUGGAAUUGCUGCAGAACUGAAGCCAAGUACUGCUUCAGCUAUAGCUACUGGAGCUAUAUUGGGGAUGUUUGAUGAUAACAGAUUCAAAUCAGAGUCAAAGAAACCUGCUCUAGAAUCAAUCGACAUCAUUGGUCUUGGUACUGGACCUGAGAUUGAGAAAAAACUCAAAUAUGCCAAAGAUGUUUGUUCAGGGAUCAUUUUGGGAAAAGAGCUUGUGAAUGCUCCAGCGAAUGUACUCACCCCUGGAGUGCUAGCUGAAGAAGCCACAAGAAUUGCAUCAGAGCACAAUGAUGUUUUUACGGCAAAAAUAUUGGAUGUAGAGCAGUGCAAGGAAUUGAAGAUGGGAUCCUAUUUAGCUGUUGCAGCAGCGUCCUCCCAUCCUCCACAUUUUAUCCAUUUAUGUUACAAACCUCCGGGUGGAACAAUCAGAAAGAAGCUGGCCUUAGUUGGAAAAGGCUUGACUUUUGAUUGUGGUGGCUACAAUAUCAAGACAGGACCAGGCUGUAUGAUUGAACUCAUGAAAUUUGACAUGGGAGGUUCAGCAGCAGUACUGGGUGCUGCCAAAGCUCUAGGCCAAAUCAAGCCUGAUGGAGUAGAGGUUCACUUCAUUGUUGCCGCUUGCGAGAAUAUGAUUAGUGGAUCAGGUAUGCGUCCUGGGGACAUCCUUACUGCUUCAAAUGGGAAAACGAUUGAGGUAAACAACACUGAUGCUGAAGGAAGACUUACACUUGCUGAUGCUUUGAUAUAUGCCUGUAAUCAAGGUGCAGAGAAGAUAGUGGAUUUGGCUACACUGACAGGGGCUUGUAUAGUGGCACUUGGACCCUCGAUUGCAGGUGUAUUUACGACGAAUGAUGACCUAGCAGAAGAGGUGUUCAGAGCCUCAGAGAAUGGUGGGGAAAAACUUUGGAGGCUGCCGUUGGAGGAAACCUACUGGGAGUCCAUGAAGUCAGGAGUGGCCGAUAUGGUGAAUACUGGUGGUCGUGAAGGCGGUGCCAUCACCGCAGCUCUUUUCUUGAAACAGUUUGUUGAUGAGAAGGUGCAAUGGAUGCACAUCGACAUGGCUGGCCCUGUUUGGAAUGGCAAGAAGAAGAGCGCCACUGGAUUUGGGGUUUCAACACUGGUCGAAUGGGUACUUAACAACUCUUCAUAAUUUGGUGAAUAAUUAUGUUGGAACUAUAUGAAGAAGUUUCCUUUUUUUUGGGUUCUAUUUUUUGGUUGAGCUAUGUAAGCCAGUUUGUAGGAAUGAACUUGUAGUAGCUAUUUUUGUAUCUUAGUUACCUCAGGUGUGUAAUGUCACUACUACACAGUGUUUCUUAUUUAUAAUUGAGAGAAGGGAUCUAAUUCUUUAAAAGAA